AUGCUAAUGAUGAUGAUGAUGAUGAUGAUAAUGAGGACAAUUAUCCUCAUUUCAUCUACAUCAGAAAACAGAACAGGCUGUGAGAGCAGCAGAUUUUGUCCUGUUUUUGUAACUCAGUCCGACAGUGCAAUCAGCCAGCAGAAGAACAGGGGUGGAGAGAGACUCUUCUAUGGAGCCUACAUUGGCAGUGAGACACGAAACAUGGAAUUCAAGAGAGGUGGAGGCGAGUACCUGCGUUCUUUGUUCCAGUCGCACCUUCGCCGAUAUGCCUGUGCCUUCCUGAAUAGCGGCGGUGGAACUCUGCUCAUAGGGGUGGAUGAUGAUGGCAUUGUACGAGGCAUAAGCUGCAAUCAUAGGCAGGAGGACCAACUGCGGCUGGUGGUUGACUCCAUCUUGAAGUUCUUCCAUCCUCCACUCCUCCCUCAUAGCUACAGCUUGACAUUUGUGCCAGUGGUGAAACCAGGUCCUGAAGGAAACAAUUUGAAGGUGCUGCGGCUCACCCUGCGACCCCCCUCCAGCGUGUCUCUGCCCAUCUUGUACCAAACCGACCAAGGAAAAGUCUUUCUUAGGAGGGAUGGCAGUGUGGAGGGCCCACUUAGUGCCAGUGUUAUACAAGAAUGGGCGAGACAGAAAUGGGGCAAGAAAGUGAUGCAUCUCCAGCAGCUUGUGGAGACCCUGCUGGCUGAGCGGAGACUCCUCCUUCAAGAGAUUCACCACCAGAAAAUGGUCAUUUCUUCCCUGCAGAACGCACAUGGAUGUUUAACCACAGACUCGCAACAUCCCCAACCUGUAAUCUUUAGUGAACGACUAGACAAGUUUUGCUCUCAGACAGCAGCGAUGCCCUCUGAUGCCAGGAGAUGUCAGUGUCCUCUGACCAGUCUUGCGCCUUCUGAAGUGCUGGUGUCCUCCUCUACCCAAAUGGCACCAGAGUGCGCCACGAUGCUAUCUACCUCCUCCAAUUUCAGUGCCCAAACCUUGCUGAACGCGUGUCCAGGACUUCUUCAAUGCCAGCAGAGAGAAGGGCAGGCACAGGAAGUACAUGUGUCAGCCUGCAGCAUCUGCAUUGUCAUGUGAUCAGACAU